AUGUUCUUAAUAAGCUCUUGUUAUCUUAGACAUUUCAACUCUCCAGCGGCCACACAAAUUGCCAAACAUAAUAUAGAACAGGAUUAUGCUGUAGUGGGCUCGUGGGAGGAUACCAAUAUUACUUUAACUGUACUGGAACAUUAUAUACCACGUUUUUUCAAGGAUGCCACAAAAAUAUUUUACAGCGACUCUAAUAAAUUCCAUAAAAAUGCUACACCCCAUAAAUCGGAAUUGGAACCGGCCGUGGAGCUAUAUACCCUCAAUGCCGAUCUUUUGAAUAAUACGAAAAAAGCCGAAGUCGAUAUAUUAUUCUAUAAUCGUGUACCCAAAACGGGCAGUAUGCAAUUGAUUACGUUAAUGAAAAAUUUGGGAAAAAUGCACGAUUAUGAGGUGGAAGUUGAUCCCAAUAAUGGUGGCAUAAGACCCUCACUCGAUGAACAAGAAGAAGAGCAUACCAUAGAGAAUAUAAGUAAUUUCGAAGAUGGCAUGGCAUUUGUUUCGCACAUGAAUUAUCUUAAUUUUACCGAUUACGGUCAACCACGUCCCAUUUAUAUUAAUAUGGUUAGAGAUCCGGUGGAAAGAGUUAUUAGCUGGUAUUAUUAUAUACGUUCACCCUGGAUUUUUAUACCCGGUCGUAGGAAAAAUAAGAGAAAAAUGCCCAAUCCGCAAUGGGUUAAUACGGAAUUCGAUCAGUGUGUUAUGAACAAGGAUAAAGUGUGUACCUUUAUCGAGGGAUCCGGUUUGGAAAAAGUGGGUGAUCAUAGAAGACAAACCCUAUUCUUUUGUGGCAAUAAUGCUAAGAAAUGCAUGCCCUUUAAUACGAAAAUUCCCCUAGAAAUGGCCAAGCGUACGGUGGAAAAAGAAUAUGCUGUAGUGGGCACUUGGGAGGAUACCAAUAUUACCUUAAGUGUUUUGGAAAACUAUGUUCCACGUUAUUUCAAGGGAGCCACUAAGAUGUAUUACAAUGGUCUUAAUUCAGAUAUCCAAAAUAGCAAUCCCUUUAAGCCUCACAUUAGCGAAGACAUCAAACAGAUGGUGCGUCAGAAUUUCACCCGCGAAUAUGAGUUCUAUCAAUUUUGUCGUCAGCGUUUGCACAAGCAAUAUUUGGCUAUCAAAAAGAAUGACUUACAACAAUUGGUCCUUAAGGAAGAGCAGGAGAAAAUGUCAUUUAUAAAGAAAGCUUUAAUGAAAUUGCAUUAAGUUGGGAAAAUAAAUUUUUAAGUGAACAUUUUUUAAAAU